CGCGUUCUCAUAACCGACAAGGUGCACGGCGACGGGGGAGGGGGGCGGAAAUCCAAGCGAUCACUGAUGGGCGGAAAUCCAAGCAAGCACUCAGACUCAUUGGGCGGAACUCCAAGCGAUCACUCAGACCAUCAGGCUCACCAUCGCUCGUCACGGUUUGCAUAUCCACCACCACCACCACCGCAUCCCAGUAGGACACAAUGCAAGCCACGUGGACACCGAUCAAUCUCACCGGCUUGCCAGCCAACCUCAUCUCGCGCUCCAGUCACUGCCUCUCCGUCGUGGGAAGGAGAGCAUACAUCUUUGGAGGAGAACUCAAACCGAGGACGCCGAUUGGCAACGAGGUGCUCGUCGUCGACUUGGAUGGCAAAGACCCAUCUCGUGUUGUCAAGCCCGCUUCUGCAGCCCAAGCAUGGCCAAUAGCGCGAGUAGGAGCGUCCAUGGUGGCACACGCUGCAUCCAAAGCGCUGUAUCUCUGGGGAGGCCGGGGAGGCAAGGACAUGUCGCCCAUCGAGACCCGGAGAGAUGAUGGAGAGCAGCAUACGGACGACAUGUGGCGCUUCGAUACCGUUCAGGAGAAGUGGACUAAGCUCCAGACGCAGAGGGGCACAGCGAGCGACUUUCCGCAGGACCGCUCUUAUCACACUGCUGCAAUCGCAGGCGACAGGCUCUUCGUCCAUGCUGGUUGUCCCGCCUCUGGCCGCCUCGCCUCUCUCGAGAGCAUCGAGUUGGGCAAUUUGAGUUGGUCGACUAUGCCCUCUGCGCCGGAGCCUGGUCGUGGGGGCACGGUUCUAACGGCAAUAGAGGGUCCAACCGGUGCGAAGCAGCUCAUAAGAUGGGGCGGGUUUUGCGGAUACGAGCUUGGAGGUCCGUUGGACAUCUUUGACAUCAAGUCUGCAACCUGGACAUCAUCCGAGGUCCCUUUGUUGGACAUCAGCGGCCAGCCAUACAAGCGCUCCGUACAUGGACUCGUGCCGUAUCCUUCGGGCGCAGAGUCUAUAUCGCACAGCACCUUUGGCGAGGCGAAAGCUGUAGCAAUCAUGUUUAUGGGCGAGGGCGAAGGUGCGCCAAAAGAGCUGGGGCACGAUGGAGCAGGUAAAUUCCUCGACGACGUCUACGCUCUUUUGCGAUCAUCGAGCGAGCCGAGCACAUUUGCAUGGCUGCGCAUCGAGCCGAAGGUCGCCAACAGCAGCAUCGCUCCUCAGCCACGUGGCUGGUUUGCCUUUGACGCCACUGACACCAAGAAUGGCCUAGAGAUCAUUGCACACGGCGGUCUGAAUGAGGCCAACGAGCGCAUUGGAGAUGCGUGGAGACUAUCCAUUGGGCAUGCGGCGGUCUGAAGAGCGCGUCCAGAUUGAU